AUCGAUGACAUCGCGGACGGCGCCGUGAAACCCCCACCGAACAAGUACCCCAUCUUCUUCUUCGGCACCCACGAGACCGCCUUCUUGGGCCCUAAAGAUCUCUUCCUUUACGAAAAAUAUAAAGACAAAUAUGGGAAACCAAACAAGAGAAAAGGCUUCAACGAGGGGUUGUGGGAAAUCCAGAACAACCCUCACGCCAGUUACAGUGCCCCUCCGCCUGCGAGCUCCUCAGACAGCGACGUUCCCGAGAACGACCCGAUGGGAGGAAGCGACGGAGGUGACGAUGAGGAAGACGCUGCCAUGGCUGCGGGCGACGCCACAGAGAAAAUGGAAAGCGAUGAGGACUCGGAUCGAGGCAGCGACCACAGUGGGCUCAAGCGAAAGUCACUGGCUAUGAAAAUGCCGGUGGCAAAACGACCUCGGAAAUCCUCCAGUGACCUGGAUCAGGGCAGCCCUUCCCUGUCAGAAGAGGAGAACUCGGAAACGUCUUCCGAGUCGGAAAAAAACAGUGACCAGGACUUCACUCCUGAGAAAAAGCCAGUGGCCAGGGCUCCCCGGAGGAUGCCAGCAGCAGGGAGGAAGAAGAAGAAAGUGGAGUCCGGUUCCGACUCAGACUCCAAAGUGGACUCGGAUUUGGAAGUGGGAAAUGCGACUGUGGACAUGACCAAGUCGGACUCCAACUCCGAUUCGGACUCGGAUGUGUCUGUGAAGAAGGCUCCACGGGGCAGGAAGCCAGCUGAGAAACCCCCUCCCAAGCCCCGUGGCAGGAAACCGAAGCCCGAGCGUGUCCCGACCAGCUCCAGCAGUGACAGUGACAGCGAUAGCGACGUGGACCGCAUCAGCGAGUGGAAGAGGCGAGAUGAAGAACGACGGCGGGAGCUGGAGGAGAAGAGGAAGAGGGAGCAGGAGGAAGAGAUCCGUCGACUCCGGGAGCAGGAGAAAGAGGAGAAAGAGAAGAGGAAGGAGAAAGCGGAGAAGAGCGAGGAGAUGCACUCGGACUCAGACAGCAGUGCAGAGGAUGAAGUGGCCAAAAAAGGCCGGAAAGGUCGAGCCAAGGCCCCGUCCUCCUCGGACUCUGAACUGGAGCUGGAGAAAGAGGUAAAGAAGCCGGCGAAGAAGCAGCCCUCGGAGUUGUCAAGGAAACCGAAUCAGAAGGAGAAGAGAGGCCGAGCAGAGGAGAAACCACGGAACAAGCCUUUGAAAGUGGAACGAGGCCGAAAGAAAUCUGACCUGAUCCCCGAAAGGAGGGUGGAGAAGAAAAAGGAACCCACAGUCGAAGAAAAACUUCAGAAGCUUCACAGCGAGAUCAAGUUUGCCCUGAAAGUGGAUAACCCGGACAUCAAGCGAUGUCUGAACGCACUAGAGGAGCUGGGCACGCUCCAGGUCACCUCUCACAUCCUCCAGAAGCACACCGACGUGGUGGCUACGCUGAAAAAGAUCCGUCGCUACAAGGCAAACAAGGAUGUGAUGGAGAAAGCUGCCGAAGUCUACACCCGGUUGAAGUCGCGUGUGCUGGGACCAAAGAUGGAGGCAAUCCAGAAAGCCAACAAAGCCGGACCUGAGAAGGACAAGGGGGAGGCGGAGAAGGGCCAGGAGAAGCUGUCGGGAGGGGAGACACGGAAUGAGAAGGGGGAAGAGGAGACAAAUGCUGACUUGUCAGGUCCUGUGAAUGGUGAAUCCCUGUCCCAAAAAGCAGAGGGCACAGAGGAGAAGGACAAAAGCCAAGGGCCGGAAGCUGGAGAGGCAGAGGCAUCCGCCAAGGAGACCCACAACAACGUGCAGGACUAUCCCAAGGGCGAGCGAGCCGGGCCGGAGCGGGAGAGGGCUCGCGGGGAGUCGGAGGCUGUGGAUGACGUGGAGGAGAGCUGA